AAAAUAAUUCUCAUUGAAGACGGUUGCCUCUACCAAUUUGUAAAAAUGGGAAUAUCUGUGUGCUCUAUCGUUAUUUGUUUAACUUUGUUUGUGUGUGUGGUUACAGCUCAGGUGUCAUGUCCUCCGAACGAAGAAUUUUCGUCUUGUGGAUCAGCCUGCCCUCGUACUUGCAACACUCCUAGCCCUGAGGUUUGCACUACUCCCUGUAUAGAGGGUUGCUUCUGUCUGCAAGGUUACUUGAGAAACUCGAACGGAACUUGUGUGACAGCUGAUAUGUGUAAUUCCGAAGUGCCCGUGGUAAACAAUUCGAGCAUUCCGUUGCCUUCCGGCAGCUCCGUUCGAACACUGUCUGGUGAUGAAGCUCAAAAGGCAAACGCAACGGAGGUUGCCUCUCUUUCAAAUCCAUACUGUGGGCAGAACGAGGAGUACUUGCCGUGCGGCACGGCUUGUGCCGCUACUUGUACCAUCCCUGAGCCAGAAGUCUGUGGACUGGCUUGCAGCAUGGGUUGUUUCUGCAAGGAAGGUUUCUAUAGAGAUGAGAUUAAUCACAAGUGCGUGAAAAUGGAGGAUUGCCCUGUUGAUACAUACUUGUGUUUCAACGAAAACGAAGUAUACGAUAUGUGCAACGCAGCUUGUGAGCCAAGUUGCACAGACCCUGAGCCGAUAUGCACCAAUGUCUGUAAAUCUGGCUGCAUCUGUGCGUCUGGGCUGCUGAGGAGUUCGGGAGGUGACUGCGUCAGUGUUGAUAAGUGUCCGUCAGUUAAUGGAACCGCUCCAGAUGUGCUUACGAAAUAUUGGAACGCAAUCAACAAUAUCUUGCACUUGACUGCCGCUUAGUUUGAAAGGGUUGUAUUCAAUUUCUUAAUUAGAGGAUUUUGGAACUUAUGUCUUACCUAUCCAAAAUCAAUAUAUU